CCCCUCCCUCUCCGGCUGACCGGCGAAGCUGUCAUCAAACCGGAGAAGAAAAUCCGGUGGAGGAAGGAACCCGUCCGGGCAGGCCUCGUCAUUCCGUCUCUGUCUCUGACUGUAAACCGCCGCAUGCCGACGCUUAUCAAUCGUUGACUGCCUUUCAAGACUGUCUGUCCGCGCCUCGCUGCGAGCGGUAUAGGUCGUCGCUCGGGCUCCAGGGACAACAGGAGAUGCGAGCGAGAAUAAGCGAGCGCACACGCCAGCCCCACGCUAGUGUGAUCGCGGCUUGACGGGGACCAGCGCCCGUUUCGGCGAUGCCACGUCACGAGAUGAACGUGCCAGACAGAUGCUGAUGUGCUGCACUUGCACGGCCAGAGAUAGGGCUCUUUUCUCCUCCUCUCUCCUCUACAGGGGAAACGCAGCGUUAGCGCCUCUUCCAUGUUUUUAGUGCAUACAAUGAUACCUGCCAGCGCCGCAUCAAUGUUACCGUCUGCAGAAGCUGCCAAAUUGUACCAGACCAAUUACGUCCGAAACUCCCGCGUCAUCGGACUCCUGUGGGCUAUAUUCACUAUUUUGUUCGGCAUCGUGAACGUGACCAUCUUCUCGCAGCCCUAUUGGAUCGGCGAUGGUGUGGACACGCCACAGGCCGGGUACUUCGGCCUCUUUCACUACUGCAUCGGGGACGGGGUGUCCAGAGAGCUGGCCUGCCAGGGCAGCUUCACCGAGUUCUCCGCCAUCCCAUCUAGGGCUUUCAAGGCCGCCUCCUUCUUUAUCGGGAUGUCCAUGAUGCUCGUGGUCACCUGCAUCGGCUGCUUCUCGCUCUUCUUCCUGCUCAGCACCUCCACUGUGUACAAGAUCUGUGGCUGGAUGCAGGCUGCUGCAGGUGUGUGUCUGGUACUGGGCUGUAUGAUCUACCCCGACGGCUGGGACAGUGAUGAAGUGCGACGGAUGUGCGGCGAGCAGACGGACAAAUACAGUCUGGGGGCCUGCUCCAUGCGCUGGGCCUACAUCCUCGCCAUUAUGGGUAUACUGGAUGCACUCAUCCUUUCCUUCCUGGCUUUCGUCCUCGGGAACCGACAGGACGGCCUCAUGACGGAGGAGCUCUUAGCAGAAAGCAAAGAGGGAGGCAAUGCUUAGCAACAUUUUAAGGGGCUCCUGUGGUCCACAGAGUUCCAUCCCUUCAACAUCACAUGAAGAUGUUUGGUUGAGCUAGCCUCUUUCGAUCGACCUGCCAAUACCCUCUGCCAUUUUGGUCCUCUUCUGUUUGCUUGCGUCCCCUUAAGCCAGUUCCCAGCACAUAGCCCGAUCACACGUAACCUACGUUCGACUCAGUGAGCCUGCAGAAAAAACACAGAAGGACCAUGGCGAGGGCGCAGACUGUUAAGCAUUACAUCAUCAACAUUAUGCACGGCAUACAUCAUCCAAUACAACUGCAUCCUGCACCGUACAACACAUUUACUAUACUCUAUGUUAACAAUGAUCUACAGUAUAUGUUCGACUGUCAAGAUUUGUGUCACAAUUAGUCGAGAUGAGAAGAAUCAAUGUACAGUAAAAUAGUUGUGUUGCGUCUUUUUUUUUUUUUUUUCAUGUAAAGGCUUGACAAUGACAUGGGAAAUUAUUUGAAACAUUUGUUAGUCUCUCUUUGUUCACAUUAAAUGAAUAAUAAAUGUAGAUUUAAGUAUGUACAGAAACUAUAUUAAGAUGCUAUUACUCAAUCCUUCCUGCACCCGUCUUGCAAUCUUUGCACUUCACUUUUCUUGCUUUUUAGUAUUUAACCCUAUAUCAAUACUUUGACUGGGGAUAGUUCAGUUUUUGUUUUUCUCUUGUGUCUCUAAUGUGUCUUAAGCUCUUUGUGUUUCUCUUUGGCCUCUUCAUAAGGUAAAUAGUUUGUGCAUACAGGGUAACAGGGUGCAACAUCAUGGUGUGGUUUAUAAAUUCAGUAUAGUCGAAAUCAAAUGGAUUUAGCUUCACAUGUCUCGUGUAAAUAGAUGUAGACACAACCUAAUAAAGGGUUAUCUAAUAGUAAUUUAAGAGAUUCCUUUAAGAAUAUAUUAAGACUUAAUAAAGAUUUUCACCUGA